GUCAAAAUCCCCGAGCUCUGUUUGAUUGCAUGGUAGUCCGGCAAGAAGUAAUAAAUCAUCACAAAGACAAAAUUCCUGCGCUGGAAUGCACUUCCUACUGGCUGGCCUUGGAAACUCGCCUUAUCCUCUAACGCGACACAGCGUAGGACAUCUCAUCGUCGACUCUCUCGCUUCAAGGCUUGGCAUCUCAUUAAGAGCGGACAGAUCAACGCGAGGUCUAUUAGCAACGAAAGCAGAUGUUGAUAUUGGUAGUCAGAUAGUUACAUUGACGCUGUACAAGCCCAAGGCUCUGAUGAAUAUCUCUGGGAAGCCUGUAGCGGAUGCUAUGCGCUUCCUCUCGGUGUCUCCGUCGGAAACUAUAGUGAUACAUGAUUCUCUCUCCCACAAGCCGAUGUCAAUGUCGCCGAAGUUCGGAGGUUCAGCGAACGGCCACAAUGGCGUACGAAGCAUCGUAUCUGCACUCGGAAACAACAUGGACUUCCAUCGUUUGCGGGCCGGUAUUGGCCGUGACGAAAGCGACGCUGCACGUUAUGUCCUUGGGCCAUUAUCGCCUGCUGAACGCGAGUUUUGGGGACCCAACGGCGCAGGUAUUGAACUUGUCUGGCGAGGGCUGACAAAAAUCGUGACCGGUUCGCGAUAACGUACAUAUCCAUGUGAGUCACAACGGACACUUGGAGAAAAUGGUUGAUAUGAGGAUGCAGCGAAUGUACUUCCAAUGUCACGCGACGACCCC